GAGUUCCACCUCACUGUGAUCUCCCCUCCUCUCCUUAACUUUCAUCUAUGUUGAGAUGCAACUCAACACCUAUCUUAUUCCAAUCUUACCCAACCAAACAAUCAUCACCCCUAACCCGAACCCCGUCCUUCUCUUUGAUCACCGCCACCACUGAUCAUGACAACCACCGACUGAAAUCUCCCUCCUCCUCCUCCUCACAACCGUUGUUCACAGCCAACAACAAAACUAAUUACACCCCGCACACAAUUACUCACAAGAAACACGAUGGCAAUGAAGUUACUAAUAAGGUCCUGCAGACUGCUGCCAGUGGUGGCUGCGGUGGCAAUGGUGGCAGAGUAUGCAUUGGCGGUGGCCAUGGAUCUGGUGGUGGCUCUGAUGGUGGACAACAUCAUGACACCGAUUUAUAUUACCAGCAGCUGAUAGAAGCAAAUCCCGGAAAUGUUUUGUUGCUAGCAAACUACGCCAAAUUCUUGAAAGAAGUUCGAUGCGAUCACAAGAAGGCUGAAGAGUACUAUGAAAGAGCAAUUCUUGCAAAUCCAAAUGACGGGCAUGUUUUGUCACUCUAUGCUGAUUUGAUUUGGGAGCUUCAUAAGGAUGCUAAUCGUGCCGAUUCCUACUUCAAUCAAGCAGUGGAAACCGAUCCAAAUGACUGUUAUGUUUUGGCUACUUAUGCUCGAUUUUUAUGGGACACUGAUCAGAAUGAUGAGGAGGAGGAGGAGGAAGAUGUAUUGUUAACACGUUCUUCACACGGGUUGUUAGUCUAAACUGCAGCUUCAUAAACCCAACGAUAUAUGCCGCCCAGAUGUUGAUGUACUGAUCGAUGGUAGGAAUACUCAAUAAGACUUUCUGUAAUAGAAUAGACUUAUCGAUGUUACGUUUAUAACCAUGGUUAUUUUUGUAUGAAGUUCUAUAGUGCAAUGUGACAUGGACGCGAGUGUUUGUGUAAUAAUAAUAAUAAUAAUAAUCUGAUGGUACUUGAAAA